GCGAUAUCGAUAGGACAGAACAGCAGACGACAAGAAUGACGCGCAAAGCCCAAGAACACCGAUGAAGACCCAGCCAAAUUGCCCUUUAGGCGUUAAGCCAAAUUGCCACCACUUCCCGAUCUCCUCAAUCAAUCUCCUCUCUGGUUUAUUAUUGUUGAUCUCCCCUCGCACCGGUACCGGUAUUUCCCUAUCGGUACAGUACUAGCUUGCAAGCUACAUCCUGUGUGAAAGAAGUGAUCGACCAUGAACUCUGACGGCAAAGACAGCAACGAGACCUUGGGCGAGACGGCUGCAAAUGACCGCAUAGAAGAUGUUGCAUCUGAAGUUUGUGAAACUGGCAGUCCAGGCGAACGACACCAAUUUGUCAACCAGGAGGAUGAUGACUGGGAUCUUUUAGAAGGUCGAGAUCUAGAACGAGCUAUACUACCACACCGGGAUGCCAGUGAUAACAACAGUGAAGAGUUUGAUAUAUUGCAGCUCGUAGCGGAACGAGCUGGGGCAAGACCACGCAACCCAGAUGACAAGCUCAAAGACAAAGAACCCCCAGAGCACCAUCAGCCAGAUGUGCCGCCAGCAUCGGCUGCUAAGGAAUCAGGAGAAGAGGAGUUGGCGAAAUUGGACUCCUCGGAACAACACGAGCUUGUGCUUGUGCUUGCAGAAAAUGACCGCAAAAUUGACCGCAAAAUUGACCAUGAUCAAGAAUUGGCCUUGACGGAGACUCGGCUGCAGAGAAAUUCGCAGAGACAUUCAGCAGUUGACAGCCAGACUCCCGGGGCUUACGCAGUGGCUCCUCCUUUGGGCGCAAGAUAUGCCAACACUACCCUUGCGAGCAGCGGAACGACCAGUGAUUCCGCAACCGAUGACGAGCCAGUCUCUACAAAUGGAGCAGAUGCACCUGCGACGCAACCAGUGCCAACAGCCACUAACAGUUCGGGCUUGGUGCAAGCGACGCUUUUGGACGACAACAACCCUCGCCGUUUGGAUCUUGUGCAGGCAGAUGAAGUAGACUUGGAGCAAGAGAAUCAACGAAGACAAUUGCGCAGACAACAAUACGCUGUACGACGCCGACAGAUCGGAUACGUGUUCCUGGCAGUGUUUGCCGUUGCCAUGAUGGCCCUGGUAUUUGUUCUAGGAGUCUUUUACGGAAAAGGGAUCGGCGGUGACAAUGACCUUUCGGCACCGUUAGCAACAGUAGCAUUGUCUCCAACCAGUGCACCAAGUUAUCAUACGCCGUCUGCUGCACCAUCCAGUCCUCUCAGCAUGCUCCUCGAAACUCUGCCCAACUACACACUACAAACCCUGAUGGAUCCCUUUUCUCCCCAAUCGGAAGCUAUGCAUUGGCUCGAAAACCACCAGAACAUUACUCGCUUGGAAGAGUGGCGUAAGGUACAGUUGUUUGCUUUGGCCACUCUUUUCUACUCGCUGGAUGGACCCAACUGGCCCAAACCAAUUCGAAAUGAUUGGUUAGAUGACACCAAAUCAGAAUGUGAUUGGUUCUACAGCAACUAUGGAGUCUUCGAUGAAGACACGGGGCAAUUCCAACUCAACGAAGAGGACAGUUCACAUCGAGAGCCAUGCAAAAACGGAGGAUGGGUGUAUAAGCUGAUCAUUCUGGAAGGUCUACGCCUGGAUGAACUGGAGUCCGCUACCGCAAUGGCAACAUCCAAGAAGCCCCGGUUGCCUCUUGAAAUUGGACUCUUGACAGGCCUGAAGUGGCUCUUCUUGAACGAUAAUGGAAUCCCAGGAAAACUCACAGAGUUCCUUCCGCAAGACGUUGGUGUCAUGGCAUCUCUAAAGGAAUUAGGAUUGAACGACAACCAAUUCACUGGUUCCAUCCCCAGUGAGGUUGGGCUUUGGACUAGCCUCACUGGGCUUUGGAUGCAACACAGCACUCUGAUAUCAACUCUUCCAUCCGAAAUUGGGCAACUCACCAAUAUGAAAGGCCUGGCCUUUGGAGGGAAUCUCCUUUCUGGUAUCAUUCCUUCAGAGAUUGCCUCCAUGAAUAGAUUGAAUCAGCUCUGGAUGACUGGAAAUCUCUUGUCUGGCUUACCCAGUGAAAUGGGCUUGCUCACGGCUCUGACAGGUCUUGGUGCCAAUGACAACAGCCUUUCUGGUUCCCUUCCCAGUGAAUUUGCACUUCUCCAGAAUUUGACAGGAAUGUGGAUUCAAGGCAACUCUCUUUCAGGGAGUGUACCACUCGAGUUUCAGUCCAUGACUGCAUUACAACACCUAGGUUUCAAUGGCAACAAUCUUUCUGGGGAGUUUCCUAUAAUCCCCAACUUGAAGAGCAUCAGGUUGAAUGGGAACAGUAUUAAGGUUUUACCGUCUGAGAUUGGCUUGAUGAAGGAUCUGAAAUUGCUUCACCUUGCAUCCAACCAAUUCAUUGGACCCAUGCCGAGUGAGAUUGGUGUCAUGCAUGCCUUGCAAGAUGUUGAUCUGUCAAACUCCCAGUUUUCAGGUUCCAUAGCAUCUGAGCUCGGCAAUCUCCAACAAUUGAAGACGCUGAACCUGGCCUCCAACUCGUUCACAGGUCCAAUUCCCAGCGCUCUUUCUGUCCUAGCCGCAAACCAUUCUCUCAGGGUUUUCAACAUUAGUGGGAAUGCCAACCUGGAGGGUAGUCUUCCAAAUGAGCUUUGUUCAUUGAAGGAGGAUUCUUGCGUUUUUGGCGCAAAGGGCAGGAGCUGUGUCUUCGAAUUUGAUUGUACCCGAGAGCUCUGUGGCUGUUCCUGCAACUGCACCUUGGAUCCAAGCCAGUACCAUGACUUUUUUCCUUAGCUCGACCGUGCUCAAGGAGCAGGGAGAGUCAAACGGGCCAUUGCACAGCUCCAAAUAGUUAGCAGAUUUCUUCUCUUGUGGCCUCAAAUAGAGACUACUUUUUGUGAGACUCGACUCGGGCAUCCGAAACCUAUGGCUGUAAUAGCUGCUGUAAUAGUUCUCUCUAGCUAGUAGAGGUUGAGUCAACAAGAUGAAACUGUCUUGCAUGAUGCUCAUCGCGUCAACCGCGAUCUUUCGCGAAGUGUGUCACCGAGUCGUGUUGGUGGGAAAGAUACAGUUUGAUUCCCGGCCCGAAGCUUCCUUUCGAUCCUUUCGUAUUACUUGUUCAGCUAUACUUGUACCGGUUGUUCCCUUAUUCAUGUCACAACACUAGUUUCUCUUCCAACUUCAUCUGCCGCUGAAGAUGGGAUUGACAAAUUUUCAGAAAGUGUACUUCUGGGCUGGGGCUUUGCUGCCCAUCCCUUCGAUUGCCUUGUAUGUUCUUGUGCCUGGCGGAACUAUAGAGCACUUUGGGGGCACGGUGACCCCGACGGCGAAGUUUUGGUGUUCGAUUGCGAGCUCGGGCGAUGCCAUGUUCUCGACGCUGUGUUUUUGUGUGCUGCGGAAUCCAAACAACGACGAUCUGAAGCGCACAGUUCUGUUGGCCAAUGCUGUCUAUUCCUUGUUUCACUUCGGCGGUUUCUUGAGGGGACAUUUGACGAUCGAAAAACAUCCUGGUGGUCCUGCGCAGUACGUUUUUGGCAUCCUCUCGACUUGGGCUUUCUAUCUGGCCUGGGGACGGAAACCUAAGCAAAUCGGAGGAAGUGAGGGCUAUUUGGAUAUCGGCAACGAUGAACGAUCUGACCCUACCGGUACCGAAAAGUCGUGAAACACCUUUUAGCUCCGCCAAACGUUUGGAACGUUGAUGAUAGUUGUUCCUUCCCUUGUUCCCCCCAAAAGAACGACGCUAAAUAGAUCUAGGUUUCGCGCAUGUUUUGUAGAUGGUGAAAGCUAGCUAGCUUGAUGUUUUGUCGAUGGUGAUAGCUAGCUAGCUUGAUGUUCUGGCGAUGAAAAAACCCAAGGAGAGCCCACUUGUUGUGGACUUUUGUAGUGGUACUGGUACCUGGCAGUGCGGUUCUUCCUGCCAACAGGGAGGACCCUUGGAUUGCAUGGAAGACAGGCCAAAAACACAGCAUCCUUUGGCUGUUCAUGAAAAGAAGUCAUUUUAAUUACCAGCAACUGUCGCAGGAGAAGAACACAACUCCAAACCUCAGUCACACAGAUUGGAAUUGCAACUGCUUGAGGUGCACACGGCAUUGCUGCCACAUGCUGACCCUGUUUGCAAAUCACCACAAUAGUCUUCAAAACUGUAUCGAACAGUUCCAGUGUUGUCUGGACAGCAUUCAUACGCAGGAGUUUCAGUACCUUCGAUUGCAUACACAAUCCCACAGGCUCCACCCAGGCAGUCAUUGUCAUCAUCACAUGCUUCCCCGGCAGGUCCCUGGCCAUCACUGCAGAUAUUACCAACACACACUCCAGAGGCGCACAUACUAUUACUGCCACAAGCAGCGCCCAUAGGCAAGCCACUGCAGUAAUCCUCAAAGUUGAACCUGGUGGAAUCAGUGGAGCUAGCACAGCAUUCAUAGAACUCAGAAUCUGGGUUGUUAUUUGAGUACACAAUGCCACAGACACCACUGAAACACAUUCCAUCACUUCCACAGGCAGACCCCACUUGCAAUCCAUUGCAAUAGUUUUCAAAAUUGUAACGAACUGUUACAGUGUUGUCUGGACAGCACUCAUAUGCCGGAGUUUCAGUGCUUUGGAUUGCAUACAUAAUCCCACAGGCUCCACCUAGACAGUCAUCAUCAUCAUCACAUGCUUCCCCAGCAGGUUGCUGGCCAUCACUGCAUGAGUUCAUUAUGCAAGAACCAGAGGAGCACAUUCCAUUAGUGCCGCAGGGUGCCCCGCCUGGCAGCCCACUGCAGUAGUCCUUGAAAUCAUAUCUGAUUGUCCCAACACCAUCGGUACAGCACUCUUUUUGGUCUGCUUCCCCUGUUGUUGAGUAAAGUAACGCACAGACAUCACCAACGCAAUCUGCAUCGUCAUCACAUGUUUCCCCUUCAGCUUGUUGGCCUCCGCUGCAAAUACUGGAGAUACAAACGCCAGAUGCACACAUUCCAUUGCUACCACAAGCUG